CAGAAAAUCAAAAAUGUUAUUUUGGUCACAAAUGUAAAAAUUGGUAUAAACAAGGUUUUAACAAAAAAAGAAAAAUAUAUAUAUACAAAGGCAAAAUUACCCCUGAGAAAAUCUGGGGCCUUGACACGACGAUCCUCCAUCAUCCUCUUCCUCGAGGAACUUCAAUUCCAAUCUGAUAUCUCUCUCAUUGGGAUCAGACAUGGCUUUUGUUGUAACAUCCCUGAUAUUCGCUGUCGUAGGCAUCAUUGCUUCGAUAUGCACUAGAAUCUGCUUCAACAAAGGCCCCUCCACCAAUCUGUUACAUCUUACAUUGGUCAUCACCGCAACUGUCUGCUGUUGGAUGAUGUGGGCAAUUGUAUACAUUGCGCAGAUGAACCCUCUCAUUGUCCCUAUCUUAAGCGAGGUGGAGUAGAAACCAUUCUACUCAAACUAGGAAACCAAUGCACAAAUUUGAGUAAGAGCCCCGCUGCUCUUUCUGUAUCUUCUUCAAACAUAUUUGUUUUCCCCUUUGUAAUUCUUAUCGUGGUGUGGAACAACGAAACUAUCCCCCUCUUUACUCAAACAUAUUCUGUCUCUCAUUCAAUUCUUGAACAGUUUUCAUAUACUCAAAGACUCUACCAGAGAGUGAGUGUAUUGUUGAUGAAAUAAAAACAUUUGGCAGAAUAUUCGCCAUUUCCCAUCUUCAUCUCCUACCAAGGAAGGAAUUUUAGGAUUUUCUUUUUGUUCAUGGCAAGUUUCUAUCAGAACCAGUUCGAUCUGACAUGG